AUUAAAAUAAAAUAUAGAAAAGUCUUUAUAUUCUCCCAUCAUUCAUAUACAUUUAUCACAACAAAAGUCUUCGCAGAACAAAAUCAUGGAGAAGGAUAUUGAGGUUGAGAUCGUUGCCAGAGAAACUAUCAAGCCAUCUUCUCCCACUCCACACCACCUUAGAACCCACAAACUCUCAUUUAGAGAUCAAGUAUCUCCAUUUAGAUACGUAUCAGUGGCCUUCUUCUAUGUUGCUAAUACUAUUGCUGCUAAAACCGAUGAAAAAUACGAAGGGAUGGUCAUAUUUUCCCAACGGUUAAAGGUUUCUCUGUCUGAAACCCUCACUCACUUCUACCCACUUGCCGGAAGAUUGAGAGAUAAUCUCUUAGUCAAUUGCAAUGAUGAGGGUGUUGAUUUUUUGGAAGCUCGAGUCAUCAACUACAGUCUCUCGGACAUUCUUGAACGACCAAAAACUGAAGGCAUAGGCCCUUUGUGUCCAAUCAAACCGAUAGAUUAUUACAAGGCCCCUCUGUUACUCGUUCAAGUCAACUUUUUUCGAUGCAGCGGAGUGGUCAUUAGCUUGACAAUAUCGCACAAGAUCGCUGAUGGAGUGACCUUCGCCGCAUUUAUGAAGGCCUGGUCCGACAUGGCUCUUGGAUCUCCCUGCACUGUAGUCCCAGAUUUCAGCGCUGCCUCCUCUCGCUUCCCCCCAAGGGAGAAUAUCCCAAUUGGAUCGUAUACAAUCAAUGAGACAAGCCAGAAAAUUGUUAGAAACAGGUUUGUGGUCGACGCCUCGAAAAUUGCUGACCUCAAGGCCAAAGUGGCCAGUGCGAACGUGCCACAACCCACACGCGUUGAGGCUGUCACAGCACUUGUAUGGAAAUGUGCAGUAGCUGCAUCCAAAUCCAGAUCCAGAUCAAGAUUUGGUGGGUCGCCAAGGCCGUAUGCGUUGAUGGGAGCUGUGAACAUGCGGUCAAGGCUUGUGCCACCCUUACCAAAAUAUUGUUUUGGAAAUGUAACCGGAAUGUUCUGGGCAAUGCUUGAUAAAGAUGACCACGAGAGUCAAGCAACAGACGACUUGCCGAGUUUGGUGUAUCAGCUGAGGAAACGAAUUGAAGAGUCAAGCAAGGGGAACAAAAUGGGGUUGAACGGUGAUGAUAUGGAGUUGUAUAGCCAAACCAGUUGGUGUGGGUUUCCUAUAUACCAAGUUGAUUUUGGGUUGGGGAAGCCAACAUGGGUGAGUAUUGUUGGUAAGGGUGGCCCUAUUGGAAUUGUACUGAUGGAUACAAGAGAUGGUGAAGGAGUUGAAAUUUUGUUGAUCCUGUUUGAAGAGGCCAUGGCCUUGUGUGAAGCUGACCAGGAGUUGCUGGCUUUUGCCUCACCCAACCCAAGUGUUCUCUCUAAAAACUAGUAAUUCGGUGGAUGGAUCAUGGUCAAUCAUGGUGUGGAUGUUCCAUUAUCUUUCUUGCUAUAAAUUUCCAAGUUACAUUUUAAGAAUGUUGCCCCUCAAAUUUAUUUUAAUUACAGAUUGUUCCCUAUA